AUGGCUUGCUCUAGGUGUUUGAUUUUAGGUGACCCUCUUUCUGGAAAAACUGCUUUUAUAACCCAAUAUCUUUAUUCAUUUACCUCCCCUUCAUAUAUCCCGACUACUCAGCCCAAGCAAUAUAAAUAUACCAUCUCUUACCCAUCUCCCUCAAAAACACUAGAAAUUAUUGAAAGCCGAGAUAUUCCUAACGGUCUUAUAUUUUCUUCGCCCCCACUCUUCUGUGAGUGAGCAAAAUCAUUGGAAAAAUUCACUUUAUUGUACUAGAAAAAAUUUUAAUCAAAAUAUUUUGAUUUGAUAUAAAUAAAUCUCUUGUUGAUUCUAUUCAAUUUAAACCCUCCGCAAGCAAGAAAAUUAUUUUUGUUCGAUCAUAAAGGAGGAGGCAGUAAUAAUUAUUUACGAUCCUACAAGGCCGGAGUCUUUAUAUUACGCCCAAAAUUUAAUAAACACUUUAAGAAAAAUCAGUAAGCAUGCAUUUGGCUGUGCAAUCGUGGCAUCAGUUAGAGGGAAUGAAAAGGUUUUUAACGGUAAAAAAAUUGCUGAUGAAAUGAGCGUCAAAUUUAUGACUGUUAACGUAAAUAAUAGAAUGUCUGUGAAAAGAUGCUUUGGAUUUUGCUGGAAGUGGACGCAAAAGAAUCUGAUAUGGGAGAGCAGAAAAAAUGCUUUGGCGAUUAGGGAGGGUGUCAAAAGCUUUAGGUUGGCUUAA